AUGAAGUACUUCAACCCGCAUGGACCUGCCCCCAUGCGCAAGCCCAAGGCGCAUGCCAAGCCGACCGUCACGGGGGUCUGGUCCCCCGACGAGCACAAACGAUUUCUUAUUGCGCUCGAGCAGUUUCCCCACGGACCUUGGAAGGCGAUCGCGCUGCACGUCGGGACGCGCACCGCACGCCAGACGCAAACGCAUGCGCAAAAGUACCGUCAAAAGCUCAUUCGGAAAGUACCCUGUCCCGACGAAGCCAAAAAAGUCAUGUUCAGCCUCGUCCAGCGCGACUUGAGCGACACUCUGGCCGACAGUAGCGCCGCGUCCUCUCCGCAGCAGCCCCCCGUCGCGGUCAAGAGCGAAGAUGACGACAACGACGACAUAUUCAGCGCUGUCGGCGAGCUCAACGACGCUCUCACUCUCCUUCCAUCCCUCGACACCGCUACUGGCCGAGUCUGA